UCAUCAGAUUCGGGCUCAUUAAAUAAACAAUAAUUACACUGUAAUCUAAUUAACUUGGUGUUUAAUUUAGAUUAUCAUCAGAGAGAUCAUCUGUCCUUCAAUGCUCAGUCUGUUCCUGUAAAUAAAUCAACAUGGCUGAGGAGAUUUAAAGGUGCUGUGCAUGAAACUAUAACAGCUGCUGCACUUGUAUAUGUCAACAGGUCUGUCUCCAUGGCAACCGGGCAUCCACCAUCCACUGAUGAAGACCAUGACACAGCUAAAAGCUCUGGUAGAAACAUGGUCUCCACAGGACGAGGACUCACAGGAGAGGGAGCACACAGCAGUUUGUCUCCAUCUGGAUUUUUGGCUGAGACACAGGAAGAGGACGGCUGAUGAGGAGGAUGACAGAAGGAGCGACAGGAGAAAGGAAGGCGGAGUAAGAAACAUUAACUUGAACAGGUGAUAACCAGGUGUGAUGGCGGCGUGGCUCGGCCGGGUGUCUCUGGGCGACGCCUGGUACAACAUGUACUCCCGCCUGCUGCGAACCAAACCCGUGGGCUCCAUGGCCCACGGCUCCGACGACCUCACCGAGCUCGGGGAGGGGUCGGCGGUCGGGCUGGCCAAGGUCCUGACCACCGUGGACCUGGUGUCGCUCGGCGUGGGCAGCUGCGUCGGCACGGGGAUGUACGUGGUCGCUGGGCUGGUUGCCAAGGCCAUGGCCGGGCCAGGGGUCAUCCUGUCGUUCAUCAUCGCGGCGGUGGCCUCCAUACUGUCAGGUGUGUGUUAUGCAGAGUUUGGAGUCCGGGUCCCGAAAACGACCGGCUCGGCCUACACCUACAGCUACGUGACGGUCGGGGAGUUCGUGGCGUUCUUCAUCGGCUGGAACUUGAUCCUGGAGUACCUGAUCGGCACGGCGGCGGGGGCCUCCGCUCUCAGCAGCAUGUUCGACUCUCUGGCCAAUCACAGCAUCAGUAACUACAUGAUCACACACCUGGGCACGCUCAGAGGACUCGGUAAAGGUGAGGACACGUACCCGGACCUGCUGGCCCUCUUCAUCGCCCUCCUGGUGACAGCAAUCAUCGCCCUCGGCGUGCGCAACUCAGUGGGCUUCAACAACGUCCUCAACGUGGUCAACCUGGUGGUCUGGGUCUUCAUGAUCAUCGCGGGACUCUUCUUCCUCUCUGCCAGCAACUGGGAGAGCGGGAAGUUCCUGCCUUACGGCUGGUCAGGGGUGAUGCAGGGUGCAGCGACCUGUUUCUACGCCUUCAUUGGCUUCGACAUCAUCGCAACGACGGGAGAGGAGGCGAAAAACCCCAACACCUCCAUCCCCUACGCCAUCACCGCCUCACUGGUCACCUGCCUCACCGCCUACGUGUCGGUGAGUGUGAUCCUGACUCUCAUGGUUCCCUACGACCUGAUCGACGGCUCGGCUCCUCUCAUGGAGAUGUUUGCGGUGCACGGCUUCCUGUGGGGGAAGUACACCGUGGCUGUGGGCUCCAUCGCCGGGCUCACCGUCUCCCUGCUGGGCUCCUUGUUCCCCAUGCCCCGGGUGAUCUACGCCAUGGCCCGGGACGGACUGCUGUUCAGGUUCCUGUCACACGUGUCUGCGCUCACACACACUCCCACGGUGGCGUGUGUGGUGUCGGGGAGCUUCGCCGCCCUCCUCGCUCUGCUGGUGAGCCUCAGGGACCUGAUCGAGAUGAUGUCCAUCGGCACCCUGCUGGCCUACACCCUGGUGAGCGUGUGUGUGCUCCUGCUGCGCUACCAGCCCGACGAACAAGUCGACACGCACCACUUUAACUCUGGGGAGGACGUGGACGGCCUGAAGCACCUGGAGGACGGCGCCGCGCCCACAAAAGACGACCAGAUGCUGAUCGAAGGCUCGGGCGGUGAUGGGUCUUCAUCCUACCACGCUGGAGGGACUGAAGGAGAAGGAGACGACUCUGAUUUCCACACAGGCCACGCCUCGUUGUUGAAAAGGCUUCUGGGAGGUCAUUACUACACCCUGAGGCUGCGCCUGGGAAUGCCCGACGCGUCAGCCCGGCCCACGCCCGCCACAGGCCGCAUAGUGACCCGAUGCACCCUGCUCCUCUUCCUCAUGUCCUUCCUCCUCUGGUCCACCGUCAUAUUUGGCGUGGAGCAGGGAACCGGGGCCGGGGCGGUGUUUUCAGGGCUGAUGGCCACGAUGAUGGCGGUUUCCAUGGCAAAGCUUUUAAUAAUGAUCUUACAGCAGCCAGAGAGCACACGGGUCCUGCCCUACAUGGCGCCCUGUGUGCCCUUUGUCCCUGCAGCGGCCAUAUUGGUCAACAGCUACCUCAUGCUCAAACUGUCUCCUCUCACCUGGGCCAGGUUCACCAUCUGGUGCCUCAUAGGCCUCCUGAUCUACAGCUGUUAUGGAGUGUGGCACAGCACGCUGGAGCUCAACGCCCGCGAGCAGCAGGCGCACGCCAGCUCCUACCAGCGCUUCGACGACCACCUGGACGACACCUUCUCCCCCGACGGCGACGACCUUUACCCCCAGGAGCAGGACGAGAGACCCUACCAGGGCUGGUCCGCCCCGGAGGAGAGGGGGUGCCACUACCAGCAGCACAACCAGGACCAGGAGGAGAGCCAGUAUGAGGACCAGGAGGAGGGGGAGUAUGAGGAUAGUGGGGACCAGUAUGGGUACCAGUCUGGACCGGGAGGGCAGUACACGAGCAGAGGGGGCAGGUCCAAGGGGAGGACCAAUCACGGCUUUGAUGCAGGUGAAGAGGAGGACUGAGUACAGGAAGUUACAUCACAGAAAACUGAGCUGGACUCAUUUCUGCUGCUCGUACGACAUGAAGUCUAAUCUCCCUCUUUAAGUUGAUACUUGAAACUUGAAGUGAACUCUGUGUGUUUGGACGUCGGAGCGGAGACGACGGGCACCUCCCAUCACUGAAUGAGGCCACAGCAGCUGCAGAGGCUUCACUGAACUCUGGUGUCUUCAACAUUCACACCAACGACCCGACAGCAGCAUCAACGCCGAGUCCUGGUUCCUGACUCCAGCCCCAGUCACUGAGAGACGUCGCAAUACAAAACUUCCCUUUGCAAAGUGGCGAUUUAGCGCCCUACACAUUUUAAAACACUCCUCUUAUUGGCCUGUUUGGAAAUCCAUCUCUCAAAGAUCUAAAACCCGGCUCACCAUCUUUACACCGCUCCAGUUCUGCUGUUGGCCUCUGAUGAAGUGUAGAAGUCGUCUUAUUCUUAGGACGAUCAUAGAAGUUUGUUUGUUCUGGGUUUGUGAAGCUGUGUAUCUGAGCAGAUGCUGUGGCAGAAACGCCUCCACAAACAGAUUCACUCUGGACGCAGAAAUACUCUCAUUGGUCGAGUUAAACUUCAGGAGGAUUACUGUUACUAAUCACAUUACUUCUGCUUCUAAACAGUCUUCUUUGCAGGUAAAGAAACUCUUUUUGUCUCGUGACCCUGAACGCCUCGCGGUGAUUUUGCUGUUCCUCUCGUUUUGUGUUUGUGCUUUGUUUCCAGUGGCGAUGACUUUCUGAAACCUCGUCUGGGUGAGUGUUGUAUUUGUUCGUGCUGCAGGAAUAAAUGAAACGAUUUAUCCUGAGACUUCAUCUGCAGAAAUGAUUCUAAACUUUGAACAACUGCUACAGAGUGAAAACACACUGCUGCUGAUGAUGAUGAUGUGAAUAUGAUGAGUUUCUUUAUUUAAAAUUGCAAAAACAUUGCAUGGAUAAAAUGAAAUGUCAGGGAAAGGUUCAGAAACACGUUCAUGCUAUUUAAAGUAUAAAAGCUGCAUGAAGGAGACAGAAAGGAAACAACACCAUGAAACAAAAGUUAA